CUGUCCUCGCCUUAGUUAGGUAGGGCCUAGCCUCUGAUAGGAGUUUACUGUGCGUUUUACAGCGAUACCCCAUCCCGGUGAAGUUUUGACUUUUAAGUCAAUUUUACUGUCAUAAAAAAAUGGCAGACGACGAAUUAGAGGCGAUUAGGCGGCAGAGAAUGGCGGAGCUACAGGCAAAACACGGGGAAGGUAAUAAUCAGCAAGCAGAAGAGGCCAAACAAAGAGAAACUGAAAUGAGGAACUCCAUAUUGGCUCAAGUUCUAGACCAGUCUGCCCGUGCUAGAUUGAGCAAUCUUGCUUUGGUGAAACCAGAAAAGGCAAAUGCAGUUGAAAACUAUCUCAUUCAAAUGGCUCGUUUUGGAAAGUUGGGAGGAAAGAUUACAGAGUCAGGCUUGAUCGAGAUCCUAGAGAAAGUCAGUCAACAAACAGAGAAAAAAACGACGGUUACAUUCAACAGACGGAGGGUGAUGGACUCAGAUGAUGAGGAUGACUAUUAACUUUAAACAGGAUCCCUGGAAUGAGCAAAGAAAUCGGAGCAGUUGACAUGCUUUGCUGGGACUCUGACAGGAUUUUUGACUAGUGUGUUCCUGUUAGCUAAAUCCUGGAAUACUACACUAGCUUCUGGAAACUACCAACCAAGAUGGAAGACAAGGACAUUUGAUACUGCAGCAUUUGGUGGGGGGAGGGUGAUCCACCCAAUGACAAGAUUAAGAUUUUCUUUUGUAAACUCUUCAGUCAAGUUGCUACAAAUUUGUACUGCUUGUCUGACAGCUUAUAGCACUGUUUGGCUCUGCUAGUUCUUCUCAGUAGUUAGUUUUCCCCCUUUAUUUUCACUAUGAUUCAUGUAUUUUCUUCAAACAUAAGAACCUAGAUAAGAUGCUGAACGUACUGAUCUGUUCUUUAAAUCCAAUAUAGGCUACCAUCCCACUACCUUUGGAUGUUACUGUAGGAUUCUUGUUGCUGAUAUGUACCAUGAAGGUUUACAUAUAAAUUAAAUGAGCCUUAAAAUUAAAUGUUUUUUUUUUCCUUAUUAGCAGAUUAUUUCUAAACUAUCCUUUAUCAUUUAAAAGAUUAUUAUUAUUUUUUUUUUUUUAGAAAGCUUCCACUUGGAAUAUAACACAAAUUAUAUUCCAGUGAUUUCAACACAAAAUAUCACAUCAGUACACAGUAAUCUCACCAUCAUACAAAGGUAGACAGUUAAUGUUUGGAUGAGUUGACUCUUUACUUUUUUUCCCCCUGAACAAAUUGUUUCACAUUUUGAGUUUCAUUUCAGAAGCUGGAGUUAACAGACUGCCAAAUGUAUCCAACUACUUUUGAAAUAAAAUGCAUGACCAGAGAAA